CAUAAAAUCCAAAAAAAAAAAAAUAAAGCUGUGAAACGAGAACUUAGAAGUCAUUACAAAAAUUUACGUGCGGAAAUAAUAUAUUAUCAGCAUUAUGGUUCUGAAAAACCAUUGGAAAUUUGUAAAAGACAUUGAUCUAAGCGGGCAUACAUUAAUUAUUCCAAGCGUUGCGACUGGAAAUGUCGGACAACUUACUUGUGAUUUAGUUAUUUCUUCCCUUGGUAUGAAUUUGUUAGCAUCUGUUUACACUCCUGCACAAAUACCUGUAUUCGGAAGUGAUCCAUACGAUCUCACUUCGACUUCUUUUUCAUCAUCAUGUCAGUUAUAUGUGUCUUCAUCUCACAAGCUGAUUGUUCUUCAAAUUAGGGCGCCAUUAAUUUAUAAAUACGCUCAAGAGUUUUUAGAACACCUUGUGAAUGAAUUUAAGGAAAGAAAGAUAAGAGAUAUAAUAAUAUUGACAAGUAGUUAUGCACAUGAAAAAAAACACAUAAUGAGUUCUCCUUUCAGAUAUCUUUCAAGUGAAGUUACACCGUAUAGAGAAAAAAUUGACUAUUUUAAGUUAAUGUUGCAUGAAUCGCACAAUGACAGCUUAAAGAUUUUUGGAGGUGGCUAUGCUUCAAUGUUGUAUAAAAUUAUUAAAGAAAAAGGUUUACCAUGUCUUGUGUUGUAUAAAUACUGCUCGGAAGGAGACAAUAUUCCCGACUCUUAUGACAUGAUUGGCUGUUUAAACAAUAUAUAUCCUUUGUUUGAUGAACAAGAUGAUAUCUAUGGCAAAUUAGUGCAGCCAGCUUCCUGGACACUUCUUUUUGGUCGUCCACCUCCCCAGGACAUCUAUUAAUAUUUUAUAGUUAUUAUGAUGGUGAAGAUAGAUUUUCAUAAUAUUGUUUGUUAAAGAAAAUUUUCAAAAUUGAACAUUGUUUAAUAAAUUGAAUGUUAGUGUUACUUUUAUACUUGAACAUUAUUAAUAAAAACUGGAAAAUAAA